AUACUGAUACAAUGGGGAUAGGACUAGAUCUGAGACAAUUCUUGUUUUAUUUUUAAGAUAAUGUAAAUACAACGGUAAUUCACAUAAAUAGCAAGCUUUUGAACUUUGUUCUGUAGAAAAUGUGUUAAAGUUAUUCUCUACUUACGUUUCGUCCAACGAUUAUUUUCAGAAAAGUUUUCUGUGGUUAUUUUUCUUUUUUGGGAUUAUAUUUUUCUGUUUGUGAUCUGUGAAAAUGAAAUUCCAACAUGAAUGGAGACUUCAAGUGCCGUGGGGACAGCUAGCUUUGGUCAGUCGAGGACAUCCGGAUGGAGAGCCAGUGCUCCUGGUCCACGGGAGACAGGACAGCUCCUCAGUGUUCACGCCCAUCCUAAAUAUGAUGACUGAUCAGUAUUACUAUGUGGCUCUAGACAUGCCUGGUAAUGGACUCUCGGAUGCUUUCCCUAAAGGUCCAAAACUGACGAGGUUCCAUUUCCUUUACGCCAUGGAGCUGGUGGUCGCACACCUUGGAUGGGACAAAUUCAUCUUCAUCGGGCACUCCAUGGGGUGUGAACAAGGUCUGUUCUACAAUGCCAUAUACCCCGAUCGUAUUACGAAGAUGAUACUCCUGGACGCCGGGCCGACGCUGAUGAGGAUGCAGAUUGAGGACCCAGCGGAGUUCCAGCGCAUAUACUACGACAGCUACUACGACAACUAUCAUCGUGAGAAUUUUGAGAGGAAGCUUUACACAAAGAAUACGGCUACUGAAGCGCUGAAGCGGCUCCGGGACCUCAACGAUCCUCAAUGCGCCUUCCUACUCAAGCGGAAUUUCCAUAAAAUUGACGAUCGGAUUUGGAACCAAAUUGAAGAAUGGCAUUCAUCAGAAACGGUGACACGGAAACAGGAACAGCCCCGUCUCCAAGACCAGGCUAGUUCCUCAAAUGAUGCACGGAAUCCACUAGAAGCGAGGCCAGAAACCCAAUCUCCUGUGUUGGAAUCUGAGGCGGUUUCUGAUGGUAGAAAGGGGGAGAUGAAAAACCCUGGGCCUCCGUUAACUACUUCUCAGCUGGUUGAACAGUAUAUGAGGCAGUACCAGCUUCGGUUCUCUGGUGAUCUAGGCACCUUAAAUGGAGAGAAUCCAGAACGCAUUCGGAUAACUUAUGAAGUACCGAAGGCUUCGACAUGUCCUGACGGGGCUCCGGCCCUCGAUCUCAGCGAAAUCAUCAGACAUAUGCGCGAAAAUGAUGCUGUUGGGUACUUAUCAUGGGACAAUCGGCUAAAAAACCUCGCACCCCAAAAUUACGGGAUCGAUUAUUAUUACGAAUUAUUUAAAACUAUACCGCCUUCUUUGUUUGUGGUCGCCAGCGAUGGCGUCAAAAGCGCGCCAAACAAUCCAAUAUGGCGGGAUCGCGCCAUGGAAUUGAUCGACAGAUUGUCAAAAUUAGAAAAUUUUAAUCGCGUGGAUGUCGAAGGCAGCCAUGACGUGCAUUUUACGCAUCCCGAAAGAGUAGCCCCAUAUGUAAUUAAAUUUCUACAAGAGAAUAAAAUUGUUUCGAAAUUAUAGUAGGUAUGAUUUUUUU